AUGUCUGAUGUCGAAAGUGAAAAGGUCAAGAUUCAAGUGAUUGUUCGAACGAAGGACACUGAUUGCGCUGGAACUGAUGCGAAUGUCUUUGUUACACUAAAGGGCGAGCAGGGCGAAACCGGAAAGAUGGAGCUGAAGACGAGCGAAAAUCACUUGAACAAAUUUGAGCGAGGGCAAAUUGAUGUCUUCCAUCAUCAAAUUGCUGAAAUAGGCACAGUGACGGCGAUGAGAAUAGAACAUGAUAAUAAAGGACUCGGAUCGUCCUGGUGCGUUGACUACGUUGAAAUACAUUUUCCGCAUAGAGUCUACCACUUUGAUGUCGACAGGUGGAUGGAAAAAGGACGUGUGGACACAACUUCUAUUGAUGUUGAUUACACUGGGUAG